AUGGAUGAUUUAGACCUUUAUGUUCAGCUGAAUGGUGUAGAGUUAUUAGAACAAAUCGAAGAAGAUGCGGAAAUUGUUUUACAGAAGUAUGACUUUAUAGAUCCUUUCCAAAGUCUUUCUGAUCGCCAGUUCAUUAGAUUUUAUCGGUUAUCAAAAGAUUUGGCGACAAAGGUAGUUCAGAUGGUGACGCCUUUCAUGAAAGCUCCUUCAAGAAGUAGUGCGCUGACCAUGCAACAAAAAGUUAUGACAGCUCUUAGGUUUUUUGCAUCUGGUAGCUACCAGAUGGACAUAGGUGUCAGUCACUAUGCCUCUGUUAGUCAACCGUCUGUGAGUAGGAUAGUAGAAGAAGUAACCACUGCAUUAUGUCGUCCUGAAAUAUUUGAUGAAAUUAUAUGUGAUGUUAAUUUGAGAAUUUUAAAUGUAUCUGCAAGAUACCCAGGGUCAUCCCAUGAUUCUCAUAUUUGGAAUACAAGUAACAUAAAAGCGCUAAUGACCGAUUUGCAUGCACAAGGACAUAAAUCGUAUAUGCUCUUAGGUGAUUCUGGGUAUGCUUUGCGGGCAUGGUUAUUAACUCCAUUCUUGGACCCACGACCUGAUACUCCAGAGGCGAAUUACAACGAUGUCAUUUGUAAGGCUAGAUCUACAAUUGAACGUUGUAAUGGAGUAUUAAAAAUGAGGUUUCGAUGCCUGCUAAAACAUCGAACACUUCACUAUGCACCAAAUAAAGCAUCCAAAAUUAUAAAUUCUUGUGUGGUUUUACAUAAUUUGUGCAUUAUGGAUAACAUUCCAUUGUAUAAUGAAGAUUUUGAUACAAAUGAAGUAGACUAUGGUAUUUUUCAACAAAAUAAUGUUGAUAAUGCGCACAUUGACGAUAGAGGUAAUCCAGAAUUAACUGCUGGCCAACGAGCUCGACAACAGAUUGUUGACCGAUAUUUUACGUAA